UCAACUGAAGGGGGGGCCUGUACUGAUGCAAUCCCAGUGCAGCACAUUCCUGUACCACCAGCCUUCCAGCAUGGAUUCGAGGAGAAUGACAUUAUGGGUCACUAUUAUCCAACCUCUGGAUAUAUCUACAAUAGAGGUGACACUUUCCUUGACUGGAUGAAGGCUAGUGAACAUGAAAGACAACAUCAAAAUCAACUGUACUAUCCCUUUGUGGAUGAGGGUGAAUGGGAACUGGCAAAGUUUCUGGUGUUGAACUUCACUCAAUCACAGAUUAUGCUUGGUGACUGCCUUGUCACUUCUCAUUUUUUUUUUUUUCAGGUGCAGCUUCCUCAGGGUGCAACCAUCAUUCCCAUCAUUAUUGCCUCUGACAAAACACCAGUGACAAGGCACACUGGAGGGCUGGAAAUGCACCUGGUCUUUAUUAUGAUUGGCAACAUCCAGUCUGAUGUGAGGAUGCAGGCAUCAUCUCAUGCAUGGCACUGCAUUGCUUUCAUGCCAGUUCCUGUCUUUGAGGUUCACCCAGAUUUCCAAACAAUUCUUACUUCACACCUUUUUCACCAGUGUAUGGACAUUGUUUUUGCCUCUCUCAAGACAGUCACAUCAGAUGGUAUCAAUCUCACAGACCCAACCAGCUUUACUCAAAACUGUUUUACCCCUCUAGUCGCAUAUAUUGCAGAUCUUCCCAAGCAACAGCUAGUUGCUUGUGUUUCCAAAAAUGCUUCCCCUAUCACCACCACAGUACUCUCCAACUUUGGUGACAGUGUACCCCAAAAUCCACAAACUGGCUUGUACAUGCUGCAGCAGAUUGUCAAUUUGUGCACACAUACCCAGGUGUGGAACAUCCCCUCUUUCCAGAAGGCUGCCAAAGCAGAGAAGUUACUGGGUGUACACCACCUUUUCUGGAGGGACUGGAAGUUCACUGACCCUGCACACUUCUUGGUGAGGGAAAUUCUCCACACUUGUCAUAAGUUCUUUUUUGACCAUGUUCUCAAAUGGUCCAAGGAAGCUGCCAGCAAUCACCUGCUUGAUAUGUGA